CGGGAUUGUCAGCAUCCAGGACCCCCAGGAACCAGGCACAGGGCAUAUCUGUGGAGGGUCCCUCAUCAGCACAGAGUGGGUCGUUACAGCCGCCCACUGCUUCAUCAAUGCCAGGAACAGCAACAUGUGGCACGUAGUGACUGGGGCCACCCGGUUGACUCAGCUGGGGCCUGAGGUGCAAGUGCGCCAGAUUAAGCAGGUACGGGUUCAUGAACACUAUACUCCCGGUGAGCAGAUGAAUGACAUCGCUUUGCUGAAAUUGGACCAGCCCAUCGUAUGCAGCCACUACAUACAGCUGGGCUGUGUGCCCAACACCACACUGAAAGUGUCCGAACUGAAAACCUGUUACAUUGCUGGCUGGGGUUCUACCACUGCAAGAGCUCAAAGGCCAAGCGAUGUCCUGCAGGAGGCCAAGGUCCACCUCAUUGAUGCCCAGCUCUGUAACAGCAGCCUCUGGUAUACAGGGGCCAUCCACACUCAAAACCUCUGUGCUGGUUACCCAGUGGGUGGCAUUGACCCCUGCCAGGCUGACAGUGGUGGUCCUUUGGUGUGCAAAGAUAACAAUGCUGCCUUCUUCUGGCUUGUUGGUGUGACCAGCUGGGGAAAAGGCUGUGAGAGAGCAAACCAGCCUGGAGUCUACACCUCCAUUCAGCACUUCUAUGACUGGAUCCUGGUCCAGAUAGACCCACAGCUAGACAAAAGGGCAUCAAGACAUUCUAUGACUUCCAUAAACCCCUCUCAGAAGCCAAGACCAACACCAACAGCAUUGGAUGAGUUUAGCUCCUCCCCAUUUUCAAUGCAGAAACUGGUGGAAUUUUUUACUCAGGUGCAUGAGCUCCUUCAGGUCCUAAGGAGAAAACUGGCAAGAGAAGCAGGAUGA